AUGAUACAUGUUGUCACUAGAAUUGGCCAGAGUAAACCUAAGGUUUUAGUCACCUUCAUGUAUGGAUCUACUCACACUGAUAAGAAACAUGAACAAUGGGAGCUCACGGUGAGAAUUAGUGAGAAUAGUAUGCAACUCUGGUUGGUAAUAGGUGUUCUUAAUUUUCACUUGCAUGAUUUUUUUGAUUCUUCCAAUAUGAUUAAUGAUGAUAAGUAUAUUCGAGACAAGGCUAAUGUGUGUGGCCUUAUGGACCUAGGCUAUGCUGGUAUGAACUUUACUUGGUCAAGUAAUAAUAUGGGCACUAGUAGUAGAAAAUCCAGAAUUGAUAUGUCUUUAGGAAAUCAUAACUGGUGCAUUAAUUUCCCAUAUGCUAGGCUACAACAUUUAGUACAAGCUGGCUCUGAUCACCGCCCCAUUAUACUAGUAGUUCUGGUGGUUUUAAGCUAUCUGCUAAGAAACAAAGUACUAGAAGAAGACUAUCAAACUGGAAAAAAAAUUGAAUUUGGAGAUAUUGAUAGAAAUAUCGAUAAUCUGCAAAAUCAAUUGGAAACUGUUCAAAGAAAGAAUCCCUCUGAUUCUCAACAUGAUAGGAUAGUCAAUAUUACUAAAAACCUAGAUCAUUGGUUUAGUAUUAAGGUUGAAUUCCAUAAGCAGAAGUCUGGCGAGAAAUUCAUAACAUAUAUGGAUCAUAAUACUAAAUAUUUUCAUAGCCUAGAUAAUAGGAGAAUGUUUAGGAAAAGCAUUGACACUCUGUGUGAUUCUAAUGGUAUCUGGUAUAAUAAUAGAGAUGAUAUUUCUAAUGCUCUUGUUUCUCAUUUCAAUUUUAUGAGUAAUACAACUAAUCCUUGUAUUUCUGAAGAUACUUUUGAUAUUAUACCUACCAUUUUCUCUGAUCAGGAUACCACUAGAUUUACUAAUAUUGUUAAAAGCAUGACUGCCUGGAGUUCUCCAGGACCAAAUGGUUUUCAAGCUGGUUUUUAUUAG